AUGGUUGACAUGCACAGCACGACUGCUGGCAACAAUUACAUGAUGGUUGCUGUGGUUGGCUGCAGCAGCAUAAUGGUUGAGAUUGUACUUGCAGGCACAUUGGUGCUGACUGAACCUUGCAUGUCACUGGUGGUGGUUGUAUCAUCACUGCAAGAUGUUGUGGGUGCUCCGUAUGAACAACCCGGUUGCGAACAGCAGCAGCAAGGACUUGGCGCUGGAACUGGUGCAGAACAUACAGGUUGGCUGCAACAGCAGGCUGGCUGUGACUGGAUGCAAACGGGUUGUGAGCAACAACAACCACAGGCUGGUUGCGAACAGCAUCUAAAAAGGUAUAUUAACCCGCAUGCGACAUUUCGCUUUAUUCUAGUGGAAUUUAUGCCACGCUUGUAUCGGAAGAAAUAUCCAUGUGGAAAUAAGCUGUUUCGGUACCCCCCCGGGCAAAUACAGUUAGGUGGUCCAUGCGCGCGUGGCAGUUUCGGUGUAUUCAGUGUCGAAAAACUUGGAAGUAUGUAA